ACCGGAUCAGGGCAGAGCAGAAGGAUGUACAGGAGGCUUGUUUGCUUCCAAAUGAACCAAUGAGACCGGCUUUACAUUAGACUGACAGGCUGACUGGGCGAGCCCGGAGACGCCAUUCAGGUUCAACAACUGUGCGACAGCCAAUACGGAUCCACGACGAACAGGAACGGAGGGAAACAAGAAAAUACGAAUUUGUCUUCCUGUAGGUCAAACCGUUACCUGUUACCUGCAGGACAGCGGGUUCCGUUUAAGGUAAGGUGGGAACCAACAGCCAUAACAAUGGCUCUGUCGCAGUGUUUGGACGACUCACCUCUGAGGCUGGGUCCAAAACACACCGGGGCCGACGACCUGAACCCACAGGAGGUCUACAACGAGAGACACCGGCUGGCUCUGGAGGAGUUGCUGUCCGGGGGGCUCGAUAGUUUUUUAGAAUUCCUCGGGAGAGAGAGGAUCCCCAACUUUCUCUCGGACGAUGAGAUCCAGCGGAUCAGGAGCAGCGCCGUGCCCCCGCGGUGCGUGUCCGUUCACGGCGAUGACCAGGCGCUGGAGCAGUCGCUCAGCAGCUCCCUGGACUGCUCCUCCGUCACCUAUUUCCCCGAGGUGUCUGACGUGGAGCCGCCGCUGCUGGAAAUGGGCUGGCCCGCCUUCACCGCGGGGUCCUACCGAGGAGUCACACGGGCCGUGGCGCACUUCCAGCCCAGCUACGGGGAGUGCAUUUACAGCUGCAAGGAGGCUGCGAGGCGUAUGAUUAAAAGUGCCAGAGAGGUGAUUGCCAUAGUUACAGACUCCCUGACAGACCUGGAUAUCUUUAAGGAUCUUCAGGAGGCAUGUUCCCAACGCAGAGUCCCCGUCUACAUCCUGCUGGACCAAUCAUGUGCUCCCGCUUUUCUCAAGAUGUGCAAAAAUGUCGGCAUUCGCCUGGAUGACCUUCGGCAAAUGAGAGUGCGAACCAUAACUGGUACGACUUAUUACAUGAGAUCAGGAGCGAGGAUUACUGGGAAAGUUCAUGAGAGGUUCAUGCUGAUUGAUGGAAACAGAGUAGCUACAGGCUCUUACAGGUUCAACUGGACUGAUGGCAAACUGAACAGCAGCAACCUCAUCGAGCUUUCUGGCCAGAUAACAGAAAAGUUUGACGAGGAGUUCCGCAUUCUCUACGCCCAGUCGCUACCUAUAAAUACUCGAGGACCUCCGAGUAUCCGAAACAGCGGCAUCUACGAGCACCUCCUCAUCAAAGCCACCUCCUCCCCUCGCUUGGCCAGAGAGAGGCCUGUGGAGCCAGUGUGUCUGACCAGCACACCCACCCGCAAGCCCAAGACCUUAGCGGUGCAGCCCGCAUGUGAGCCGUCAACUCCGGAUCGUCAUGAAACCAGCCCAGUGUCCAACUCCUCCACCAUAGGUGAGGACUGGACGGAGCAGCAGCACAUGCAGGAGGAGAUUCUGGCCGGUAGCGCGACUCAGCGUUUCCCUGCAGAGCCGCCACCAGAGGAAGAACCACCGAUCCCCAGCACUGUCUCCUGCCACGUAUCCACUCAGACCAACCAGUCAGUGGCAGAGAUUGACACCCAGACUGACCCCCAGCUCACGCAACACCCCGACCUCAUCGCACGGACAGGCAGGGGACCAAACCAGGCCACCUCUCCCUCCUUCGCAUCGAGCAGGCAGAUCUCGGCCACCCAGGCAGCUCCAGACAUCACCUUGAAGGACUGCUUCCACAAGCUGACCAACGAGCGCCAGCACCACUACUCCGCCAUCCGCUCCAAGCUGGAACACAUGGUGACCGCCCUGUCCCAGAGGCGAGAGCUAGCGGACGUCACCAACAUGACUCAGGGGCUUGGCACUCACAGCAGGCAGAGGGCACACAAAGAGAGGGAGCAGGAACCAAACCCCAGACUGCUUGUUGAAAGUGCGGGCAUGGGCACAUGGCCAAGAGCCAGAUGUGUACACUAGUUUGUCUUCAGGGAUUUCAGUGAUGGAGGGUAGCGGGCAAAGAGCUGUUGCAAGGUUUCUUGUGGAUCUUCUGUUUCAAAUAAAAACUUCUGGCUUAUGCAGUAGAAUUUCAGCUUUUAUCUGUUAGCCUCCUUUCUGCGGUGCCCAUGUUUGUCCUUUUCACGCUGUGUCCUGUCCAUGUCGAAAAAAAGGUUUGGUGAAAAUGGCAAUGCCUGACUGUAAUGACACUACCAUGUUGAAAAUAAUACUUUUGACCAAAGACACUGUGCAAUAAUCAUUUUUGAGCAUGUCAAUUUAAUGAAUAUCAUUUGCUGAGGUGGUUAAGACUGGAUAAUAUCUGCUGUAGAAUGAGUGAAAAUGCAUUCAGGUGCUGUUUGGUUAUUUAAAUCACAUUUGGCUGCUGUAACCGCACCUGAUGAUCAUUCCAGAGAGCAGCCAGCUCUCACUGUGCCUUGCUAAUAAAUAAAGUAGUAUUUUGUUAGACAA